GGCAAAUUCAAUUUCCUUAGUUAUCAUCUUUUCCUCACUGGCUGGGAUGAUAAUCAGGUUAAGCAUAUAGUUCUUCACUAUGAUAGUGAACUAGACGUGAUUACUGGCUUAAGACAUAAAACAAAUUAUGGAAGACCCAACUGGCAUAAAGAAUUCAGGUGUAUAGCAGACAAGCAUCCAAGUGACAACAUUGGAGUGUUCUACUGUGGCCCAAAGUCUCUCUCCAAAAUCCUCAAUAAUAUGUGUCGUUUACAUUCAUCAUCCGAUCCCAGAGGAGUCCAUUUCCAUUUCAGUAAGGAAAGCUUCUAA